CUACGAAGACCUGGCGGUGCAAAUACAGCGACGUAAGCUGGUUAUUCCAAGCGAAUGAAUCCCAGACCAAGUUUUAAAUGCAACAAAGCGCGUUCGUUUUUUAUUUUCGUUGUUCGUUUACUUCCAUUUCUCACGGCAUUUCUUUUACAUGCGGUCCUCGCCGGCAGAAGACCAGACCAGACUAAUAACUUAGCUAAGCUAACGAGCCGCUCUUAGAAAUGGAGAUCCACGUCUCGAGCCUCUUCCCGGAGAUCUUAGCGAUGAUUUUCAAUUACCUGGACGUCAAAGGCAAAGGCAGAGUCGCGCAAGUAUGUAUGGCUUGGAGAGACGCAUCGUACCACAAAUCCGUCUGGAGAGGAGUAGAAGCCAAACUCCACCUGAGAAGAGCAAACCCGUCGCUGUUCCCCAGCCUCCAAACCAGAGGCAUCAAGAAAGUCCAGAUCCUCAGCCUGAGGCGCAGCCUUAGCUACGUUAUCCAGGGCAUGCCCAGCAUCGAGAGCCUUAACUUGAGCGGAUGCUACAACCUAACGGAUAACGGCCUGGGACAUGCGUUCGUGCAGGACAUCCCGUCACUGAGGAUGCUCAACCUGAGCCUGUGCAAACAGAUCACCGAUUCCAGU